AUGUUUUUAUCAAUAUUUAGACAAAUCGAUGAAGAUGCCAACAAGUCGCAAGAGUUUUGGCACAAUCCAGAUGAGAGCGUAGCACAUCCUUCGGCCAGGAUUUUUUCCACAGAUAUUUUCUUGGCAUCAUUUAGACCAAAAAAAAUUUUUUUGCAUUUGUUCAUUAAAAACUAUUAUUUUUCGAAAAAAAAAUUGUCUUAGAAAAAGCCUCAAUCAAUUGGUGUCGACAAAAUGGCUUGAAGUAGAAUAACCCAGAGUAAAAGACAUGCAACGAUGAGAAAUCCCUAUCUGAUACAUCUUCAAACAAACUUCAUCAAGGUUACCUACUUAUGCCAAAUUCUGAAGGAAACCUAGUAUCCCAAUAUUUUAUACUGACAACUACUUCACUAUAUAAAUAUAAAGUAAACAGCAAUGAGAUAGAAUCAGUGUCAAAUAUCAGAUGGAAAAUCCUAGAAGCUUUUUUAGAAGCCAAUUCAUUAGAAACUAGAUCAGGCUUCAAGCUUUAUCAAAAUGAAAUUUUUCAGGAUUUUUAUACAGAAAACACUGAAGAGCUAGACCGUUGGGUUAACAUUUUAUCAAAAGUAUCGAUUUUAACUGAAGUAGAAGACGACUACGCAAUAAUAAAAACUCUAGGACAAGGUAGCUACGCAACAGUUUACCUAGUAGACGAUCUCGAUUCUUAUGACAACUACGCCCUCAAAUCAAUCGACAAAUCUUCGCUCUCAAAUAUGAAAGCAGUAUGGGCUGUUGCAAAUGAAAUAGAAAUCCUGCGAACAAUUGACCAUCAUAAUGUCACAAAGCUAUACAAAGUUUACGAGAGUAAGUCCCAUAUUCAUCUGAUAAUGGACUAUGCCCCAGGGACUAAUAUGCUUCAAAAAAUAUUUAAAGUUGAAUCUUUUUCUGAAAGAAAAGCAUCUGAAUUUCUAUUUGAACUGCUUCUGACCCUUAAUUAUCUUCAUUCAAAAAAUAUAGUUCACAGAGAUAUCAAAUUAGAAAAUAUAAUGAUUUGUUCAGAAAAUCCAGCGAAAUUUAAAUUAAUUGACUUUGGCUUGGCUGGAAUUUGUAAUGAAAAUGAUCAAACUUUACGCUGUGGAUCUCCUGGGUAUAUAGCACCAGAAAUAUUGAGAAAACAGACAUAUGGAGUGAAAAUUGAUUUAUUUGGGAUCGGUGUGUGCUUAUUUAUGCUUCUGUCUGGGAGAUCUCCUUUUCCAGGUAGGAAUACAAAAGAAAUUUUAAAAUCCAACAAACAAGGGAUUGUGUAUUUUUCACAAAAACAUUGGAAAAAAGUUUCAAAAGAUGCAGUCGACCUGGUAUUGAAAUUAUGCCAGCCAGAUCCUGACUUACGACUGUCAGCUAAGGAUGCGUUGAAUCACAAGUGGCUCAAGAGAGUCAAAAGAGGGUCAAGAGAAGGAGCAGCUAUAUCAAGAAAUCUACCUGAUAUCCCUAGAGUUAACCAUACUGCUGCUUUUUUGUAUGAUGAAGAAGUUAAAGAUGCUUCGCCAGUUAACAAAGAUGGAGUGAAUAAUAAACAAGUUCGGAGAUCUUCAUUUGGGUCAGAACCAGUUGUUGUGUCUAGGAAAGUUAUAGUUGCAAAAGAUAAUAGCUAA